AUGUCGGGUCUCGCGCCCUCUAAUGUGGUGAUCAUUCACCCUGAUCUAGGUAUUGGUGGUGCAGAACGAUUGAUCAUCGACGUCGCGUUGGCUCUGCAAAAUCGCGGACACCGUGUGACAAUCUAUACCUCACAUUGCGACAAAAGCCAUUGUUUUGAGGAGGCGCGCGAUGGCACACUCGAUGUACGCGUGCGCGGAAACACAAUCUUCCCAGCACACGUAUUCGGUCGCCUACAUAUCCUCAUGGCGUCGUUGCGCCAACUUCACCUCACCGCGUCGCUCCUCUCCGAACUUGGGUCCAGAGACCAACCGAACAGUUCAACGACAAAGAAUGAUCCCACUACCGACAAUAACCAUAUCCAAGAUGACAUUUUCAUAGUCGAUCAGCUGCCCGCAUGCGUUCCCAUCUUGAAAACCUUCAGCCAACCUCGCAAAUCCCGCACCCAGCGUAUCCUCUUUUACUGCCAUUUCCCCGACCAAUUACUUGCGCGGCGGAAUGAAGGUGGCUCACUUCUUCGGCUGGCGAAAGUUCUGUACAGAUAUCCCUUUGACUGGUUUGAGGGAUGGGCACUCAGCGCGUCAGAUCGGGUCGUUGCAAACUCCAAUUUCUCGCGGGGCGUUGUGCGGGAUGUUUUUGGGCCCGACCUAUUGGGAGAUGUGGAAGUUGUCUAUCCUUGUGUCGAUACAGAUGCGAAAAUUACACCCGAGAAGACGGAAAGUGGUCCGCUCUGGGGCGACAAGAAGAUCCUGCUGAGUAUUAAUCGCUUCGAGCGCAAGAAGGACAUGGCUUUGGCAAUUCGUGCCUAUCACGGACUAGGCGCAGAGAAGCGAAAGGGGACGCGAUUGGUAGUUGCUGGCGGCUACGACAAUCGUGUCCAAGAAAACGUUCAGUACCACCAGGAACUUGAUGACCUUGCCACUGGCUUGGGAUUACAAACCGCGACAUCGAAGACUGUUGUCUCUGCUCUGUCUAUUCCUGACGAAAUCGAUGUUCUCUUCCUUCUUUCCGUUCCCACUACUUUCAAAGAUACCCUCCUCGCACAAUCGAAACUCCUUCUCUACACUCCGAUUAACGAACACUUUGGUAUUGUUCCCGUUGAGGCGAUGCAUGCCGGGCUUCCUGUACUGGCAUCGAACACUGGUGGUCCGUUGGAAACGAUCGUCGAGGGCGUUACGGGCUGGCUCCGAGAUGCACAUGCGAUUGAUGAGUGGACAGCGGUGAUGGAUAAAGUGCUCUAUGGCAUGAGCGAAAAAGAGAUUGGGGCAAUGACAGCCGCUGGUAAGGUCCGAGCCGAGAAGGAGUUCUCCCUCACGGCCAUGGGAGAUCGUUUGGAAGACGAAAUCUUGACGAUGUUGACUGCCAAUCGGCGUCCCUUCCAUGGGUGGCAGGAGGUGUUUGUUAUGCUUGCUCUUCUCGGGUCGCUGUUUGCUCUGGCUGUGGCUCUCUUGCUUCGCGCUCUGUAA